GAUUCCACAGUGGAUACAAUACAUGCAAACCAACAAUUCUUCUUUAGAAAAAUUUAAAAGAGCAAAUGGUGGAUACAUGCUUCAUGAUAUAUCAAAACCACACAAGAUUCUUAGUAUUCAUGCUGAAUUACAAAUAAAUGAGGAGGAUCAUUCUAAAAAUCCAUAUUAUCGUAAUGUUACAAAAAGAGAUAUAUCAAUUGCUCCAUUGGUUCCUUUACUUCCUGGACAUUGUGUUAUUGGAAAGUUUGGUGAGUUAUAUAUUUAUCUAGAAAUUCAAAGUAAUAAUGAGUACCUUACAUAUCAUUGGAAAAUUUAUAAUAAUAUGGAGAUGACACAAAUUAUACAUGAAGAAACAAACCCUGAUUUUUUUACUAGCAUGAAGAAAUACAUAAAUUGGUCAGGGAAUCUUUCUAUUCCAGACAUUCUUGGAUUUGGUAACCCUGACAUUAUACAUGAUCUACAAUCCAAAGUCGGUUCAAUUUACCCAAAUAUUUUUGAAACUUCUGUUGCAUUGACAAAAUCUCAAAACAAAAUGGUAAAGCUAACUGCAACUAUGCAAAAAAAAGGUGAAAAAUUAAUUGCAAAGGAAAGAAAUUCAUCAAUAAUUUCACAAGAUCCAAUAAUUUGUCAAGGAAUAGAAAUUAAAGAAACAGGUGUAAACUUAUCUUCAGAAGCAACUUUAGCUCUUGCAAUUGAUUAUGAAUCUUCAAAAAAAUCAAGUGAUGCAUUACGUAAAAGAUUCAAACGUGCUAAAGCUAACCUUGAAUAUGCAAAGAAUUUUAAAUAUAAUCAGUAUGAAAAAAAAAAUAAAGAGUUGUUGGAAGAUUGGGUGCAAGAAACUAUAGAAGAAAAUAAAUUUGGAUCAACAAUAUUAGUUAAUACUGAACAAUAUCUCACCAACAUAUUUACUCAACCUUGUUUAACAUGCCAUAACCUUGAUUUGUCUAAAAAGAAGCUGAAAGUUCAUAAAAUUGGCUAUAAUCUUCAAAUUACAAUCAAUUGUAAAAUGUGUCAAGGAAUUACUGAAUAUAAUAAUGAGUCACCCAAUACAAAAUUUUCUUUACUUGCAGCAGGAGCAGGACUUGUUGGUGGUGUUAACAGGAGACAACUUCAAACCAUUUUUUCUAUGAUGGGAGUAACAACACAGUCAUCAAAAGGUCAUUAUUAUGAUAAACAAAAUGAAUAUUUGGAAAGCAUAAAAAAUGAAGCUGAAGUUAGUGCACAAAUUUCUUUAACAAAAGCUAUUGCAUAUAUCAAAGCAAAAGGAGAAAGAAUACUUCCUACUAGUUUUGAUUGUUCCUGGUCACAUUGUCGAAAUGCAAAUCAAGCUAGUGGAGAGCUAAUAUUUCAGGGAAAUUUAGAAGAUUAUGACCACAAACCUGUUAUUGCCUUUUCUACUGCUGAAAAACCACGUCGGUUGAAAAAUAAAGAUGGCAAAGAGUAUGAAGUUUUUCAUGGCAAUCAUGAGCAAUCAUCACGUCAGAUGGAACAUGCAAUAUUGUUACGAAUUAUUGAAAAAAUUACACCAGUAUUGGAAGAAGCUGAAGUACUCUUGGAUAUUUGUGUAGAUGGUGACCUAAACUCAAAUAAAACUUUAAAUAAUAUUCCUUGUGUGAGUAAAGUAUAUGCAGAUUUGAAACAUGUUGGAAAGAAUAUAAGGGCAAAGAUAGCAAAAAACUUUAUAUGGAAAGGUUAUGAAAAUACAAUCAUGACCUAUUAUAAUUCAUGUGUGUAUGCAGCAAGUGGAAGAAAGCUUGAUGGAAAUAAAAUUACUGUAUCUGAUGCUGAACUAGAAAAAGUACAGAUUGAUGGGCUUGUUGCUCACCUUUCAGAUAACCAUAGCCUUUGUUGGGAUGAAGUAUGUUGGAGAAAAGAAAACCCUGAUAUUCAAUUAAAAGAACCACAUUUGAAAGAUCAUACAAGCAAUCAAAUAGAUCAGUUUAGAGAGUUUCUCAAAAAAGUUUUUUAUAUACCUACAAAACAAAGUUUAAUUACUCACAUUAGAACAUCAUACAAUGAAGCAUUCAAUCGUGUUAAACUUUGUUUUCAGGAUAAAAAAAUUGAUUAUUGGAAAACUUACACCACACGCCAUUCCCUUGCUGUUCUUCAAUAUAAUAAUGGUUUAUUGAAUAUGCUGGAAAUUUCCAGGUCAGCUUGUAAUAUUCAACAAUUAUCUGAAGCUGACAAAUAUAAUAUCAAUCAAAUAAGUGAACAGCGAAUAAAGCAAAAUCAGAAAAACAUUAUUAGUAUUGCUGAAAGAAAUCAAGAACGUGGUGAGAAGAUUCAAGAACAGAAAAGGAAUCUCGAGACAUUUGAUUGGGACAAGGAUUAUGUACCUUAUGGACGUAGUGUUCAGGAAAAAAUAAAAGCUAAAGAAUUUGAACCUACAUUUGCCAAAUAUAUAUUUGAUUUUGAAAAAAUUAUAAAAUGUCUGGCUUGUGGUGCUUUUCCCAAGUAUUCUCCUACAGGAUUGUGUCAGUAUCAUGACUUCUGUUUGAAGUUUGGAUAUCAUCAUGAAUUUCCGAAUAAUCAAUACACACCACCUUCACAAGACUUGAAAGCUAAUCCACCUACAUCAUAUGAUGUGCUUAAAAGAGUAUUCAAAUAUCAAAAGUUUCAAGAAUCACAAGAAAUGGCAAUAUCAGAAUAUGUUAAUGGAAAUCAUACUUUUGUUUCAAUGAGAACAGGUGCUGGAAAAUCAAUGUGUUAUUGGAUUUCUGCUAUAAUGCGUGGAGGUUUGACUGUUGUAAUAAGCCCAUUAGUAUCUUUAAUUGAUGAUCAAGUGAUUGAGACAAUUGCUGCUGGAAUUGGGUGUGCUAGUAUUUAUACUGGUGAAGAUAGGCCACGAGAAUACUUUGAAAAAGUCUUUUCAGAAAUUGCUGUUGGAUUGACGAAACUCAUAUAUGUGACUGCAGAAAGUUUUGUUUAUAAUGAAUCAUUUACCAGAAUGCUGUUGAACUUUUCCAAAAAUUCACCUGUGUCUUUCGUAAUAGAUGAAGUACAUUGUAUUAUAGAAUGUGGACACUAUAGAGAGUCAUGGAACAAACUUAAGAAAAUUACCACUCUAUUUUCCAAUAGCCCAAUUAUGAUGCUUACAGGAACUUGCAAGGAAAUUGAUGCUCAUGCAAUAUUGGAAAAUCUUUGUAUUUCUCCAACUGAUGUUGCCUUUGUUCGAGGAAUUUCUUUUUCACGCCCAGAACUUAAAAUAGAGGUACAUUCUAAAAGUACUAAAGAGAAAAUAAUUAGAGAAAUUAUCAUGUUGUUGAAAGAAUUAGAAGAUGGAAAAUGCAUUAUCUACUGCCCAACAGUGCAUAUGUGUGAUUAUGUUUAUGAACAUCUCUGUGAAAAAGCUGAUCUUGAUAUGAAUAUGGCAGUGUAUUACAGUUCUCUAGGUAAUGGUGAAAAAAAUAAAAAAAUGAAAUCAUGGAAAGAUAAUAAAAUUCAGAUUAUGAUUGCAACUAAUGCUUUUGGUAUGGGAAUUAAUGACAAAAAAAUUCGCCUAGUAAUACAUUAUACAUUUCCAUUGAGUAUAGGCAAUCUUGUCCAAGAAACAGGGAGAGCAGGAAGAGAUCGUAACCCUGCAAAAUCUGUGAUUUUUUAUUCCCGCCAUGAUAUUUGUACUAAUUAUACAAUUAUAACACAAGGAAGAGAAUCAGUGACUGAGGAAAUAGGUGAAGGUUCUGAAAUAGAUAAAAGGCUAGCCUAUCUGGCUAAAUCAAGGGAAAAAAUAUUUGAAGUUGUUUAUUUUUGCGAGGAACAAUAUACUUGUAGAGAAUAUAUGCUAGCAGAAUAUUUUUCAUGGAAUGGUGAUACUCUGAAUCCUCCAUGUGGAAAUUGUGACAACUGUUUACGAGUACAAGCUAAACCUGUAUCUAAAGUUAAUUUGAUGUCAGAUGUGCUCAAAAUGGUAGAGGUAAGUGAAGAAGUGGUGAGUAAGUUGAACGAAAAUGGUAAAAUAACUUCACCAAAGGACAUUAUACAGGUUUAUUGUCAAUUGAAAUGCGAUCAUGAAGAACUCACCUUGUUGAAUACUUAUAACGAUAAAACUUUUAAACAAGAGAGGUUGAUUAAGACUAAAGCUGAAGCACUACAUUUGCUCGAUCUGCUUAUAAUACGUAAAAUAGUAAAAGUAAUGAUAAACUUAUAUAGACCAAAUUCAAAUGGAAGUAUAUUACAGACAAACCUUCAUAUAUGUGGUGUCAAUGAAGGUUCUACUGCAAUAAUAAUGCAAGAAAAUUGGGAAAAAAUAUUUAAUUCUCGACGAAAUAAAUAA